ACAGGUCAACUUCUGGACUCAAAACCACUGGGUGGAAAUUCUCAGAGAGGUGAAAUAAGAACGAUAUAAAAUGAAGGACUUCUCACUUCUGGCGGAUUCUGGAAGGAUUUGGAAGGCCGGGUCCAACACGUAACUCGUUUCCCGGUGGGCAGAACCGGACCGAACUCUAAAAGGCCCAAUCCAAUAAAUGAUAUAAAACCAAGAAUUUGAAAAAGAUUGUGGGAAGAUCCCAAUUUAAUUUUGUUCGAGUGCAACUGCCGCUGGGUCAUAUGGCUCAUAGGCUGCUGAGAAAUCCGGAGGCGGACGGUUGGGAACGAUCGGACUUUCCCAUCAUCUGCGAAUCAUGCCUCGGCGACAACCCCUAUAUCCGGAUGACAAGAGCCGAAUACGACAAGGAGUGCAAGAUUUGCAGCCGUCCUUUCACGGUGUUUCGGUGGAGGCCCGGCCGCGACGCCCGGUACAAGAAGACGGAGAUUUGCCAGACUUGCUGCAAGUUGAAAAACGUCUGCCAAGUCUGCCUCUUGGAUCUCGAAUACGGCUUGCCGGUUCAGGUUCGAGACUCCGCUCUCGCCAUUGAUUCCAACGAUUCCAUCCCUAGAAGCGACGUCAAUCGCGAGUUCUUCGCCGAGGAGCACGAUCGAAGGGCUAGGGCUGGCAUAGAUUACGAGUCUUCGUACGGGAAGGUGCGGCCGAACGACACAAUUCUGAAGCUUCAAAGGACGGAGCCGUAUUACAAGAGGAACCGAGCUCAUGUCUGCAGUUUCUACAUUCGGGGUGAGUGCACGAGAGGUGCCGAGUGCCCUUACCGGCACGAGAUGCCAGUUACCGGGGAAUUGUCACAACAGAACAUCAAAGACCGUUAUUACGGAGUCAAUGAUCCAGUGGCAAUGAAGCUGCUUAACAAGGCUGGAGAGAUGCCCACCCUGGAACCACCAGAGGAUGAGAGCAUUAGAACGCUAUAUGUGGGCGGGAUUGAUGCGAGAAUAUCUGAGCAGGAUUUGAGGGAUCAUUUUUACGCUCAUGGUGAAAUAGAAUCCAUAAGGAUGGUGCUCCAAAAAGCAUGCGCGUUUGUAACAUACACGACGAGAGAAGGCGCAGAAAAGGCGGCUGAAGAACUCUAUAGUAAACUGGUAGUGAAGGGUUUGAGAUUGAAGUUACUCUGGGGAAGGCCCCAAGCACCAAAAGAGGAACCUGAGGGCGCAAAUGGAGCUACGCAGCAGGCGUUAGCUCAUGGUGGAUUGUUGCCUCGAGCAGUCAUAUCCCAACAGCACAACCAAUUACAACAGGACCAAUAUGCUCCAGUGCACUUGUACAACAUCCCACCUCCACCCUCCCAGGAGAGAACAUUUUAUCCUUCGAUGGAUCCUCAAAGGAUGGGUGCCCUCAUCCCGUCCCAGGACAGGAUCCCCAGUGUGUCUGCGGGGUUGGGCGAGAAGAAUGCCAAUUUCGAUAGGCAGCAGCAUUAUACAUUUCAAACUGCGGCUCCACCGCAAGGUCAAUAUCAUCAGCAAUUUUAUCCUCCUCCGUAUGGGUAUAUGCCGGCUCCACCACAACCUUACUCGCAGGAUCAUGAUGCAGUGCCUCCGCCACCAUCGUUACCAAUGGACCAACAGCACCAGCAUUCUGCAACACCAUCUGAGUCUGGUUCAACUGUUGAAACCUAAAUCGUUUUGUUCUGUGAACUUGUUAGUUAGACUUGAGCUGGCCUUGCAUUCUGAAUUCAGUAAACUAAUCUGUCUUCUGUGGAUCAUUCUUAAUGCGUGACUUGUGAUAUCCCAAAUCUUGAUGCAAUUGUUGGUUGAAUAUUAGAGCUAUGAGCUACCAAAUAUAUAUAUUACCUUAACAGUA